GUCCGUCUCUGGAUGUGAACAGCGCUUCUGUCUGUUAAAGGUGUUUCUGGUACACCUCCGUCCCGCACUGUAACCCAGGACACAGAAACGUGCUGGAGACGACGCAUGAAGAGAUGAAGGGAGACAGACGCGUCUCUGAUGCUGCUUUAUAUGUUUUCUGUCUGCACAGCAUGAAAGGUCUGAUGUCAGCCCGGACACUCUGAUUGGCGCACGAUAAUUGCUUUUGUUAAGAGAGACACUGAUUUAUAUUUGUGUCGAGGUGCCUGCUGUUAUUUAACGGGCAAAUAUCGAUGCUCUUAUUGUGUUGAGUCUCUUCUGCAGGGGCGCAGCUGGAUUUUGGGCCCACUCUGCUCUGGGACCCCUUUUUAAUUUAUAUAAUCAGCUUGAUUUCUGUGUGGACCGUCUCCAUCUCUGGACUCCAGCUGUUUUAACCUCACAAACAGCAGGAUGAUCAGUGUGGCUGCCCUGCACCGCUGUGCUCUGACAGCUGCUAUAUGACUGUUUGCUGUGCUGCACUGUGUGUUGUGUUUCUCAUGCCUUGCUCAACAACACCACUAUGAUAGGCUCACCUGAUUUGGUGGCUUUCACUAAAGAGGAUGAGUACGGGCAGACGACUCCCGACCCUUGGGCUCUCCCCGAGGAGUUCUCUGUUCCUCUCCAUCCGCUGGCUGACUCCAACCCCUGGGCCAAAACCUCCUAUGCCAAGUUCACCAAAGACUUCAUCCUCAUCUCUGAGUUCUCUGAGCAGGUGGGCCCUCAGCCUCUCCUCACCAUUCCAGAGGACCCCAAAGUCUGCGGCACCUUCGAUCUCAACUACUUCUCCCUGCGCAUCAUGUCAGUGGACUACCAGGCCUCCUUUGUGGGACAUCCACCUGGCAGUGGCUACCCAAGGCUCAGCUUCGUGGAGGACUCCAGGGUGGUGCUGGGCGACUCCAAGGAGGGGGCGUUCGCCUACGUCCAUCACCUUACGCUUUACGACUUGGAGGCCAGGGGCUUUGUGCGACCAUUCUGCAUGGCAUACGUCUCUGCAGACGAGAGGAAAAUCAUGCUGCAGUUUCAGGAGCUGUCCCUCCGCUUCUCUCAGGCCUCAGAGUGUCUGAAGGCUGGGAACAGGAGAGCGUUUGCCAAGGAACUCCAGAGGAAGCUCCGAGACCUGGAGUACACUCACUCUGUGCUGCAGAAGGAGGAGGGCCUGCAGAGAGAGGCUCGGCCUCAGAGCAUGUACUCUGCUCAUGCUGUGGAGAAGGCCAACGAGCUUGCAAAUGUAGAAAAGAGCAUCUACGAACACAGAGACCUGCUGAGACAGAUCAGCUCCUACCAUCACCGCCCGCGCCGAGAUCCUCACGCUGUCACCUGCCAGAAGUGCAUCACAGAGUGCUUGAGUGAGUGUGAGCAGCUGUUAGAAAAAUACGCCAAGCUUGCCAAGCCCUUCAGUUACACUGACCAAGUGGAGACGAGGGAGGACGGGCAGGGUCAGGCUGAUGAUGAAGGAGGUGGAGAAGAAGCGGACGAGGAGGAGGAUGUUAAACGCAGGCCGUCCUACACGCCACAGCUGAUCAAAGCAAAGUCUGCAAAGUGCUUCGACAAGCGGCUGAAGACGAUGCAAGAGCUGUGCGAUGAUACUUUCUACGAGGCCACCGUGGAGCUCCUGAAGGACACGGAGAGGAGUUUCCGCGGGGAUCUGUGUUACCUGCACACACGCCGCCUGGACAAGGCACUACGCAGGAAACAGAGAGUGACCAACUUCCUGUUUGAGGAGGACCUCGGUGAUGAUGAGGAGGAGGAAGGGAGAACACUAAGACCAUUCUGUGCUGUGAACCAUGCUGUAGAUAACUAUACACUAAAUCCACCACCUAUCGUGCUCGCACCAGAACCUCUCGAUCUAAAUGCACUGGAGCCUCCGGAUCCUCUGGACCCAGCCACCGAGACCAGCCACACUCAUGAGAGUGAAGUUGGUCCUACGGAGAGCCAUCUGGAGUCCUCGCCCUCGGACCCGACUCUGGAGACCCAGGAGAGCUCGGAGGAGACCAAAGGAAGCUUUAGCAGCGAUAAGAGCGGGGUCGGUCCCCCAGAGAGGCAACAGAACCUGGUGAGCAUGAAGUCAGAAACUCCUGAUCCUGAUUCUGACUUGACCCCUGACCCUGAGCUCAACACUGACCUGGAGAGGGAGAGCAGCAGUGAAGAGAUGGAGACCACAGCUGGGGAGGACGACGGGGACGAGACGCCCGUGUCCCUGCUAGAGGUGGUGUCUGAGCUGGAGGCCAGCAGGGAGGAUGAGUGUGAGGGACUGACUGAUGGGGCUUGUGACAUGGAGUCUGACUUGGUUCCUUUAGACACAGCAUGCUGUAUGGCCCAAGAGGGUUUCCUUUAUGAGGCUUCUACCCCAGAGACUCAUCUUGGCUCCAACCUGCUGCCCUGCCAAACACUGGUGGUCAAUCAGGAGCCCCAAGCCCUGCUUCCACUCCAGGACGACUACACAGUGGGUUCUCCCUGCUCCGAGAGCCCUGCAGCUGGACUGGAGCUUCCCGUGGGGCUCCUUGGAGAUGCAGUUUCCCGUAUCUCAGUGGAGGAUGGGUCAGACUGCACCAUGAGUGCUUCUACGGGGUCUGAUCGGGCCGCCUCCCCUCUCGGCUACGGGGGAGUGGUGACCCUGCGUCAGAGGAAGAAGGCUGGACAGGGAGCCUUGAGGUUUGUGCGACAGUACCCAUUUGCAAUGCAAGCUCUGUGGUGUCUGCUGAGCGGCAGGACCCUGGUGGUGCUCGGGGCAGAUGAGGGGAGAGUCCGCCGACUGGUUGCUGCCCUGGCCCUCUUUGUGCCUGGUCCUGGGAAGUGUGGAGAGAGGGUUCAGGCCUGGCUGUCCUGCCCCUUCACCCUUACCGACCUCCAGAGGUGGAAACUCAUUGGACUGCAAAGGGUGGCGUCCCCUGUGGGUUCCAGCAUGCUUUACUCACUGUCCCGCUACAGCCGCUACAUCUCCAUCCUGGACGCCGACCAGAAGACCCUGCGCUGUCCUCCGUACUGCGGCCAGCUCCUCGCCAACAUAGCCGACCACCGCACCUACAUCCGCCGCGGCUCCACCUACUUCCUUCACUUGCAGAGCACCCUCUGUCAACUAGCAGCCAAGGCCUUCCUCUUCACCUUCACCCACCACCUCCACCUACCGGUCAGCUCCACCGAGGGGCCCGAGGUGGUGGAGGGCCGACGCCGCUGCUUCCUGCAGGAGCAGCUGGGGCUGGGCGAGGAGGACAGCCAGAUACUGCUCUACCUCAGCCAGCUCAUCACUCAGCAGUACCUGCGGCCCGCCACCGGGAGCAGCGCAGCAGCAACUUGUUUUAGUUUUAACUACACUACCAGCGUUUUUUACAAAAUCUGAUAUUAUACUGGGAUGAGGAUUCACACGUAUGUUUUAGCAUAUCUUUGUUUUUUUGUGGACUAAAAGCGUUUUUAAUAAGGUCUAGUUUUAGUUUCAGGACAAACUCUGCACUGGUUAUUGUUUUAUCUGUGUAAUCUCUUUCUGCCUUGCUGUUUUUUCUCUGCUCCUCCUCUUUCCUCUGUGUGCAGGAAAAAGGAGACAGAGUGAGGUGUGAAUGUCAGUGAGUGGUUCACUUUGCCUGUAUUUGCUCCAGAGACACUCACAAACACACAUAACAGAGCAAACGAAGGUCGGUCCUACUUAUUAUCCUUUAAGUCAUUUGUGUGUUUUUCAGCUACAUGGGAAAAAAUGUUACUUGCGCUGGUAUUUGAAAGGACACAUUACCCCAAAAUCAAAGAUACAUUUUCCCCCUUAUCUAUAGUACUACUUAUCAAUUUAGACCGUUUUAGUGUAAGUUGCCGAGUGUUGGAGAUAUCUGCCGUAGAGCUGUCUGACCAUCUCAGAUAUAAUGGAACUAGAUGACAUUCAGCUUGUGGUGAUCAGAGCGCAAAAAAUACAUUUGAAAAAUUUAACAGUAAUGCCUCUCUCCAGAAAUCAUGACCCAGUUACUCAAGAUAAUCCACAUACCAUGUUGUGAGCAUAGGAACUAUUUUCUCUCUACCGAACUACACCCAGGAGACAUCGCACAGAAGCAAGCGUGCAUCUACUCAUGGUCAAGAUAGUGUGAGAUGUAAACAUCAUCUGAGCUGUAAUGGUAUGGUCUAUGUGUCUGUCCAGCGAUAGUGACCUUGCAGCCUGUCCAGGUGUACCAGACCUCUCGCCCAAUGUCUCGAGUGCAGAUAAGAGGUUAAGGAAAAUGUAUGUAUAAUAUUUAUGAUAUCAUUUUUGUGAUUCAACAAAAAAAAAACUGGAAUUGCUUCUGUCCUGCAUGAGACUGCUCACAAAAAGGAAUGUGUUUUUUUUUUGAGAGACAGAGUCCAAUUUUUGGAAAGGGACAUCUCUGUUGAGUUUUUAAAAUGUGUAUGUAAAUGUAUGCAGUUAUUUUUUAAGCUUUGAGCAUCACAAGUGAAGUGUCAUCUAGUUCUGUUAGACUAGAUGAAUGAAUAGCACCACAGGAAAGAGAAAAAAGUUUGGAUUUUGGGAGAAACUGUCCCUUUAAAGUCAGUCACCAACUCUCCUCUCCACACACACACACACACACACACACAGACACACACACACAGACACAUGCAUAAAACUCAAUCCAACAUGUUCAGCAUGUGUUGUUAGUGUUAGCAAGCUCGCUAAGAGGUUGAAUUACCCACCAAUCACUGAGCAGUUUGUCAGCUAUGACAUCAUCUCAGCUAUAUAUAAACAUGUUUUUCCAACAAACUCGCAUACUGUUCUUGUGGAGAUCAGACGGCUCUCCUAAACUGUCCGUGACACCUUAUUAUCACCAGGCGGGCUUGUUGCAGCUGGUUUUGUGACAUGCCUCUCCACAUAACUUCUACUGGCAAAAAAAUCCUUUUUAAUAUUUCUUUAUACAUUCCUGCAGCAAUUUAGUUCCAAAUAGAGACACCUCGUUGGAUUUUAGCUGAGUAGAUUUGACUUUUGAGAGCAUGGAGAAAACAUUCCCAGCUUUCAGGUUUGCGCUGCAUGAGGAAGUGUAUUUUGCAGUCGGCCCCACUUGAUAAUUGCAUGUCCAGAAGUAACAUCAUCACAAACCAUAGUCACCCAUGUUGGGCCAGCGGCGGCCAGAAGCUGUCACUAUAAAGUGCUGGCCAGCAUUUUCAUGGAUAUUACUCACAUGUUCAGGAACAUUUUAAAGCUACUUAACCUAAAUGUAUUGAAUUUCACUGUUGUCUUAAAGUUGUGUGAGAGUGUUGUGGUGUCAGCAUGAGACUGUCUUGUGCCAGGGUGAAUCACCGUAUUGAUAGUAUUUCUGUUUUGUUGUAUUCGGUUGAAGAAGAUGCUGAACAGUUUGAGGAGAUGUUGCUGAGACAGUGAUGAUGUUGUGCUUGUAUAGAUUUUAUUACGGGGAAAAAUACUUUCCCUGUGCCAUCAAAAGCAAAACUCAAAGCUUGACACUUGAAUUAGGACAGUUGCCUAUUAUUUAUUUUGUUAUGAACAACCCUCGCUGGAUCUGUGAUAUGAACAUGUGUUCUGUAUUUAUUGCUUUAUGACAAAAUGAUCAUGACCAUCAUGCUCGGUACGCCCAGAUUUACUCUUUGCAGGAUGCUGGAGGAAGUCUGAAAGUUUUUCUUUUCUGUCUCAUUGGCCAGUGAAACGACACUGAAGGAGCGUCCUCGAUAGUAUUUCAUUCCUAAUUCUGUUGCGUUUGUAAUGGAGCUGUAAUUCUGUAUCUAGAAUGGUAACUGUAUUUGUGACUGCAUGGUCAGAGUUUUAAUGUGAAAGGUUAAACAAUUGGGAUCACGGUUGCUGUCAUUCCUGCUGUGAACAAGACACGUUUUGAUUUUAAAGGGAUAGUUCUGAUUUUUUUUCAUUCGGCUAAUAUGCGGUACUUAUCUACAGUGAGUGUAUUACUUAAGUAGAUGGCGAUAGCAACAAAACAUGUUAGCCACUGAAAAGAAAAAUAUCAGUUUAAUUAUAUGCUAAAUUUUGAAUAUUUUCACUGCUUUACCUUGCCAUCAGACAGACCACUUUAUAUUUAUGUAGGGUAAACUGAAGACUUGUUAUGCUUUCCUCAAAGCCACCAGACUCCAUUGACAAAAACAGCAAUUUUAUGUCACAGAACACUGGAUAUGCUGGUCUGCUGCUGCCUUGAUUGGUUUGUGUUUGUGUGACUUUCUUCUUUUUAAGGUUAAUUUGGAUUAACCAAAGUUGCACAAUAACACAAACAAACUAAACAAUUGAGACGGCGGUAGAUCAGCAACUCCUGUGUUCUGUGAGGUAAAAUUGCUGUUUUUGUUAAAGGAGUCUGGUGGCCUUGAAGAGAACAUAUAUUGGCUUCAGUACCCCUCUUGUCACCUUAAACAAGGCGGUCUGUCAGCGGAGUAAAGUGGUGAAAAUACUGUACUACUAUACUACCAUAGCAGCACACUGCUUCCAUGUUGCUACUCCUGCCUGCUGGAACUGGAAGCGUACAAUACAAUCCUACAAAAUAAUCACAACUAUCCCUUCAAGGCAUAUUCUUUUAACUAACAGCAACCUCUCAUUUUUAAUUCCACUUAAUGUAUUAUUUCAAUUUCAUGCUUAGUAUGUUUUUUUUGUUGCCACAUUUCAUGUUUUUUUUAAUGUUUUAACUUUUUGAAUAACACAUUUUACUGCCAAGAUGUUACAGCAACUUUUUUUUUAUUUUAGAUUUAGAUUUGUCCCUCUAAUGCAAAAAGUUGAAUGUAAUCUGAAUAAGCCAUACCACAGUGUGCUUAACAUUUCGUCACUCAGUGUCCUUAUGUUGCCAUAUCAUGCCCCUUUUGUAUCUCAUCACGAGGGGGUGUCGUGCUCAUAUCCGCCCUGUGAGACGGCGUCAUUGCCAGUGAUUUUAAUAAAGCACGUUGUGAAUG